AUGGGGAAGUUGGACAAAACCCUCAUUUCGAAAAUUCACUAUUUAAUUCAGACAGCACUAAACUAUGGUUUUAUUGGUGGAUCGGGUGUUGGGAAGUCGGCGGUGAUAAAUGCGAUGAGAGGAAUGUCUAUCAAACAUCCGCUCGCUGCUGGAAAGAAACGUGCAAAACGCGGCCAGUGCGAACGUUUUGAGUUUGAUGAUGAAAUUCUCAAAUAUGGCGUAACCCUGUGGGAACUGCAUUACCCAAAGAAGAUCAGCGCCUACUUUGAAUUUAUCGACCGUCACAGAGUGGCCAGUUUCACCGCUCUCUUCGUCCUCAUCGAAGGCACACCGUCGGACGAAGAUCUCUCAUUCUCGAAGAUUGCGUAUCGCAGAAACGCUUCGAUAGUGUUCUUAUCGUCCAAAAGCGAUCGUAAGCUAGACGCUCGAAGUCGCAGUGAUGAAAUCCCUGUGUGCGACCUUCUGAAGCAGCGUUUCGUCGACAAAGGUUGGUGCAGCUAGAU